CACACAGAAUCAGUGCUUCUCCAGUUGUCGGAGUAAGGUGUAUACUGAGGAAGUCCCUGUUAUCUGUGUAUAAACAACGUUAUUUGACUGAAGUUUUGACAUUUAAGGUAUUCUCAACAAUGUUUCAUACUGCUGCUGCCUGCAAAUGAUAGGGGAAUCAAGGGAAGUGAGGCAUAGCUACGAGAUAACGGAAAGUGUGGACAGAAGAUGCUGCUGCCUCGGAGAUGGUUGGAGUGAAGAUGGGGGAGAGAAAGUUGAUCCAGAAGCGGUGUUUAGCAGUGCAGCUCUUCAAGAAGGAAGUGACCAUCUCCUCGCCUGCCAGUUGUGACAGCAGUAGUGGAGACACUGCCACGCCUGUCAAUGAUCCAUCCACAGCCACUCCAGCAUCCACCAACCAUCAGGAUGGUCUGCACCUCUUUCGGGUGUGGCAGGCAGCCAAUGUGGCAUGCACCUGGGACAAGGAGUUGGUGGAAGCAGCAAGAGCUGUGCAGUACCUGGGCCACUUGGUGGGUGGAAUAGUAUUAGUUGGGGGACCUGCCAGUGCCCUGGCCACUAUCUCCUUGGCAUGGUCCAGGUCACUGCUUGCAGCACCUCCAGGAUACUCACUAAACAUGCUGGGAGAGGUUCAUGGGUGGAAUGUAGCAGUUGUGCCUCAGGGUCAGUUCACCCCACUGGCAGAUGCUCUUUGCUGGGUGGUACACCAUCUCACCAGGGAAGGCUGCAAGGCAGGGGCUGAGGCUGUGAGGGAAGCCCUGGAGUCCUCCUUCCCUACCAUGAUGUCACCUUCUCCUUCCCAUGUGCAUGCCACUCUUUCCAGUCUCAUCCAACAGUGUAAAGUGUACUAUACUGGAGCUACUUAUGGCAUUGUCCAGCCAGGCACGUACCUUCCCUCAAUAACACCAGGGGAUGAAGCUCCAGUCUUGGCCAAGGAAGGUUUUGUCAGUGUUGCUGCUCAGACAGACUUGGCUGAAUUGAUCACUGGGGCUGCUCAUGCCUCAGACACAGUCAUUAUUCCCACUUUAUCAGAUGAAUUGAGUGGCAGGAAGCUGAAGGGAACCCUGGACACAAUGCAUCUGAGUCACCACCAACUUCAUCGCAUCCACCACUACAGUUCUGGUCGUGCUGCCUCACUCAGGCUAUCCCCAACAAGAGUCUCUCUCCUGGCCUCUCACUAUGCUGCUGCUGCUGCCAUUACUGCCGUCCAUACCUACCAGGCACAAGACUUCUCAGACAUCAGCAUUAGAGGGGAGCGAGGCUCAGUGUUCAGCAAGCUUCUAAGGGUUCCUGGUCGACGCCGCAUUGUCUCCUUUGCUGCUCAGUUUCCUCCACCUGAGUGGAGUGACAGUCACGCCCCUGUUGUCCACCUCCACUCUGUAGCCGUCCAAACCUCCAAUCAGCAGGGUGAGGUCAAAGCUUGGCACGUGUCAGCCUCCCAGUGGACCCCUCGGUCUGCCACACUUCCUCGCCGCCUCAGACGCCCCCAUUCCUCUACUCCACCACUUCCUGAGAGUCAACACUCCUCCCCAAUUCCUAGGGGGUUCACCUCUCUACUCCAUGUUCACACAUCACCUCAGCUGGGGGCUUCUCGCUCCCACAGUCGCACUGAGAGGAGGUGCAGAACUCAGAGGUAUCAAUCGCCAGUUCACCAGAGAAGUGAGAGUAGAAGUUGUCAUUCAUCAAGCAGUGAAGACAUUGCAGACCACAGACAUGUGUUACCACCAGUCAUUCAGAAUUUCAAUAGCAAGGGAAACCAGUCAGAUAAUAUAGGUCACAGAAAUAAAGAUUCAGCUGUAGUUUCUACUAAUAUGGUAUCCAAAGUCAGUUAUAAGCAUCAGUCUCUAGAUCCAUCAAAAUCUGAAGAAAGACUCUUAGAAGUGUUGCAAGAUUGUCAUGUGACAGGUGACAAGAAUGAAACUCCUGUUGGAAGGCAACAAAGUUCCAGACAGAAACAUGAGAGAGUAGGCCAUAGGUGUCCCACAAGCCAUCCUGCACAUAACAAACAUGCUAAAUCAAAAAAACAUAAACCUCCUGAUGGGAAAUUUGAAAAAAAUCAGCAAGCUGGAAAUUCAAAGCCAUCUGUAGAAAAUCAUGUUCAUGUUGGUACUGAGGGUGAUAGCACACCUAAUGGCAAGAAGACAAGCAAGAAAACGGGAGAGCCACCCCAGACUGAAAAUGGCAAAGAGAAGCAUCAGUAUCAGCGAUCAAGUCUUCAUCUAGAUCUCACCUCAGAUCACAUGAACAACUGCCGAAAGGUGAUAGCCUCACCUCAACGGCCUCAUGGCCUAACCACUAAUGUUCUUCAUCAAACUCCUGACAUUCAGCACAUCACUAAAGGUUCUACACCUGAUUUGACCUCAAGAAAUAUGAGGUAUCAGGAUGUUGAGAAGUGUCACAAAAAGAUGUGUAGCCAAACACUUGACCAGGUGCAAAGGCCAGAGACUUACGUCGUUCAUGGUGGGAAACAGGUAACCUCUCCAGGAAGUACUGAGGAAGGAGAGGUUGGACAUGAUAAAAAGUCUGUUAGCACUUACCCGAGUUUGUCUGAGUUGAAUCUGACCUUUAGUUCUUUGGCAGCACAGAAGAUACUGAGUGGUGCUAGUGUCAACAGUUUGGACACAUUGGCAGAAGUGAAUCUGGCAGCCCUGAAACGCAACACAAACACUGUGGCAUCAGCUCUUACAAAUACUGAUCUUGGGUUUGUGUGAGGUAGACCUUCAGGACCUAUUUGUAAGACAAGCCCUGUCAACAUAUUGCUUUACUUGGAUAUUAUUGCAGCAAAUUUUAUAUAUUUUUUUUUAUUUGUUUUGUUUUCUACGGUAAGGCCUAUAGUGCCUGUAGGCACACUUGAAGAGUGUAUGGGAAGCGCUGUUCAGCUUCUGCCCCGUUAGUGGUGCAGGCAAUU